AAAGACUUCCGUUUCUCUUCAUCUGGACCUCCUGCUACUUGGGCUUCCUUAAAACAUGGUGGCUGGCUUCCAACAGUCCCAGCAUGGUCGACGACGCUCGUGCUGCUGAGGCCCAGCAGGACAAAGGCCCGCAGGCCCGCGCCCUGGCGAGGCUGCCCGGGUUGCCGCUCCAGCCACCUCGGCUUCGCGUCCGGCCGUGGUGGUUUCCGGCGCAGGCGCUGAGCGACCCUCUGGUGUUCCACCUGGAGGCCUGGCUGGCGGACGCUGUCUUCGGCCCUGACCGAGCCAUAAUUCCAGAAAUGGAGUGGAUGAGCCAGGCCCUGCUGACGGUGGAUAUAACAAGCUCCAGGAACCUAGUGGAAAUCACCGUCUUCGGACGGCCCCGAGUACAGAACCGGGUGAAGAGCAUGCUCCUGAGCCUGGCAUCAUGGCACCGAGAACAUCGUGUCCGAGCUGAGAAGAUGAAACGACUUGAGGAGUUCUUGAAGUCCCGUGCAUCAGAUUCCCACACUCCCCAGCAUCCUAUUUAAAACGGCAUGAUUAUCGUUAGGAGCUUUACAGGAACAGUCCUGCUUCUGCUACUAAAGCUGAAGAGAAGCAAGUAUACUUAAGUCUCUGCAUACCUUUUUCCGGUAUCCCGAUGGAUAAUGGUUUAUUUUGUUGCAAAUGCGAGUUUGUAGAGCUGUCCUAAUGAAGAAAUGGAUUUAUUUGUCCAAUGACGUAAAGAUCUUUGCUCAUUUAAAAUAAAGCAAAUUUAUAAAGGAGAAUA